AUGUCUACACUCGAGGAUAGAAAAAUCGAAAAGCCAGUGAUAGUUAUCGUCCCAGCAUCUUUUUCUCCACCAAGCCUUUACCGUGAUGUCGUGGAGAGACUGGGCGACACUGGGUUCAAGACCAUCGUUAUCGACCUUCCCUCUAUCGGCAGUCGCGCUCCCCUUGCUGGUGCAACAAUGACUGACGAUGUAAACUGUAUUCGGUCCAUUACAAAUGAAUUGGUCGAUGAUGGCAAGGAUAUUAUCUUAGUUAUGCACUCAUAUGGAGGCAUAUGUGGAACAGAGAGCACUAAGGGCGUUUCAAAGGUCGAACGAGAAAAAUUGCGGAAGGAAGGUGGAAUCAUUCGGCUUCUAUACAUCAGCAGCCCUGUCCCAGAAGUUGGAGGCUCUAUUGCUUCACAGAUGGGUGCUAAUAUGCCUGAUUUCAUCACAGUCGAGGGAGAUUAUCUUGUUGCUGAACCAAAUGGCUGUGCUCGCACAAAUUUCUCUGAUCUUCCGUCUGCUAGAGGAAUUGAGCUUGCCAAAACGAUGUUGGUACAUUCUGCAGUCAGUUUCACGGGAACUUUGACACACCCAGGAUAUCAGGAUACUCCUGUGUCAUAUCUAGUUUGUGAGGAAGACCAAGCAGUUCCGGUAGAGGUUCAGAAGUCGAUCAUUGCCAGAAUUCAGAAAGAGAGCGGCCAUGGUGUAGACAUACAAUUUUGUAAAUCCGGUCAUUUUCCCAGUGUCAGUCGCACUGAGGAAGUUGUUCGUAACAUCAGGCGUGCGGCUGGAGAGACUUUGAGAGAGAUUACCACUCUCUAG